UGUUAAAGGGAGGUGUUGGUGUGGAUGUUCGUGGCGUGUGUUGGCGGGGGACCGUUGUCGAGGGUAAACACUAGCAGCAGCACCAGCGGCGCCGCUCAUCUAUACUCAUCCUCCAUCAUCCACUUACGCCGACACCACCUUUAACUGUUCGUGGGUGUUGCUGUCCCUGCUUCAUCUUUGUACUUCCAGUAACUUAUCAAGUGCUGAGAGGCUGAUGUAAAGCCAAUUGUUCGCUUGAUUUGGUGCUAGAGAGCUUUUAUUUUGUACAUCUGGACUUUUAUAUAGAAACUGGACACAACUACAGUAUUCUAUGUCAGAUUUGCUUAAGCAAAAAUACAUUGUAGUGUUUAUAUUUAUAGUGAGAGCUCAAUAGUAAUACUGUAGUGGUCUUUUGCAAAAUGAAGAUGUCGAAAAGUACCCCGGGAACGGGUAAUGACACAAGAGCAGAGUUAGCUGAACUUGUAAAAAGACGUGCUGAAAUAGCAGAUAAUUUAGCCUCGCUGGAACGACAGAUAUAUGCAUUUGAAGGCUCAUAUUUGGAAGACACUCAGUUAUAUGGAAAUAUUAUCAGAGGGUGGGAUAGAUAUCUUGUUACUAACAAAAAUACAAAUGCCAAAAAUGACAAACGAAACAGAAAAUUUAAGGAGGCUGAACGGUUAUUUAGCAAGUCAUCAAUCACAUCCAUGGCUGCAGUAAGUGGUAUUGUAGAGCAAAUGGGUGAUCGCUUGGGUGACAACACAGACACUAAUGAUGUAAAUUCUGGCAGUGAAGAUAAUUCUAAAGAUUCUGUAAAUCCUGGAGUAAAUGGAGACUCGUCACGCGACACUUCUAUGCUCCACAAAGUAUCUAAGAGCUCACAUAAAAUAAAGAAAAGCAGCAAGAAAAACAGGCAUCGCUAAAAGUGUUAUUGUAAAUUGAAUUACUGGUGCUUUUUAUGUAGUAGUCACUGCAUAGAUCUUUCAGUGUGAUUGAUGCAUUAAGAAGGAUGUAAGAAGUCUUUAUUUAGUGUGGAGGGUUUAAGUUUUAAUAAAGUACAGUAUGGUAUUACACUUUAGGUAUGCUUCUGUUCAUAUAGAAAGAUUUUAUACAACAUUUGAGAGAAACUUGUGUGGUGUAUUAUAGCAGCUAUUGGGACCAGUUUUUUAUGUUUGACUUACUGUGUUCAGUACUGAAAUUGUAUGUUGUCACUUAAUGGAUUUCUUGCCUUCCCAAAAUAUCUGGUAUUCAUAUAAGAAGCUUGGCACUUCAGUGGUUGUAAAUGACAACGUAACUUAUUUUAAUUUCUUCAUUGACAAGUGUUUAUGAGUACUGAACACUCAUCUCAUAAGCAUUUGCACUUUUUUUCCAAAUUUUAUUGAUCAAAAUAAAUUAAAACAUUGUUUAUAGUUGUUUGAGAAAAUAGUACAAAUAUACUUUACUAAAUAAAUCAAUAAACUGUUUUGUUUUGAUUCCUAAAAUAUAUUGAUAUUAAAUGAAUCCUUACUGAGUAUAAAUAUUGUGGACAAUACUAUGGGAAGAUUGAAAAGGUAUUUACUAGUGGUCGAUA